UCUUAUCUCGCCAACACAACAAGCAAGCCCCCCCCGAUGUACCGCAGCUCUCGUCUCUGAACUUCCCACCAGCCAAAAACCCAGAAAAGAUCUGAUCUUUCUUGACCCCGAACAGCAACCAACCAUAACCCACUUCUCUCUCCCAUCUCCCGCGCCUUCACUCGCCCCCAAAACCCUAACCCUUCUUUCUUCUCCGUCAAUGGACGCCACCCACCUGAGCAACGGCCCCGUUUCGCUCCCGCUCCGCUCCCUCUCCCCACCUCUUCCCGGCCUCUUCCUCAAGAACCGGUCCCUCCGGCCAUUUCGCCGCAAGAGCCUGUGCCUGGCGUCGAGCUCCGAGACUCUGGUCGGGGGAUCGCUGCGGCGCGGCGAGGUCGUCGGGAGCAAGAAGGGAGAGGAGCUCGGUGACUUGAAGAGCUGGAUGCACCAGAAUGGGCUCCCUCCGUGCAAGGUCGUGCUCAAGGAGAGGGCCUCGCACAAUGAGAGGCAUCAGCCCAUACACUACGUCGCCGCGAGCGAAGAUCUUCAGGUGGGCGAUGUCGCCUUCUCUGUUCCGAAUUCACUGGUUGUGACGCUGGAGAGAGUGUUGGGUAACGAGACUAUUGCGGAACUACUAACCACAAACAAAUUGUCGGAGUUGGCAUGCUUGGCCUUGUAUCUGAUGUAUGAGAAGAAGCAAGGGAAGAAGUCUUUUUGGUACCCUUACAUAAGGGAGCUUGAUCGUCAGCGAGGAAGGGGCCAGUUGGCAGUGGAAUCUCCACUUUUAUGGGCAGAAUCUGAACUUGAUUACUUAACAGGCAGUCCAACAAAGGCUGAAGUUCUUGAGAGGGCUGAAGGGAUUAGAAGAGAAUACAACGAGCUCGACACUGUUUGGUUUAUGGCUGGUUCUCUGUUUCAGCAAUACCCUUACGAUAUUCCGACUGAGGCCUUUCCGUAUGAGAUUUUCAAGCAAGCCUUUGUGGCAAUUCAAUCUUGCGUGGUGCAUUUGCAGAAAGUCAGUCUUUCACGAAGAUUUGCUUUAGUUCCUCUUGGUCCCCCAUUGCUAGCAUAUAAAAGCAAUUGCAAGGCAAUGUUGACAGCCGUUGAUGGUGCUGUUGAACUAGUAGUUGAUCGUGCAUAUAAGGCUGGAGAACCAAUAGCUGUUUGGUGUGGACCGCAGCCUAACUCAAGAUUGCUUUUGAAUUACGGUUUUGUUGAUGAAGAUAACCCUUAUGAUCGGCUUGGGGUUGAGGCUUCUUUGAAUACUGAGGAUCCUCAGUAUCAGGAUAAAAGAAUGGUUGCUCAACGAAACGGAAAGCUUUCGAGACAAGUUUUUUAUGUGUAUGCCAGAAAGGAAAGGGAAGCUGUGUUGGACAUGCUUCCUUAUAUGCGAUUGGGCUAUGUUUCGGAUCCUUCAGAUAUGCAGUCAGUCAUUUCAUCCCAAGGCCCAAUCUGUCCAGUGAGUCCUUGCACAGAGAGGGCUGUCUUGGAUCAACUAGUUGAAUAUUUCGAGUCACGGAUUGCUGGCUAUCCUACAACCUUGAGCGAAGAUGAAUCUUUGUUGGCAGAUUCCAGUUCAAACCCUAAGAAGCAAGUUGCCACACAGCUUGUGCAGUUGGAAAAGAAAAUUCUAAAUUCAUGCUUGCAGACGGCAGUUGAUCUGAUAAAUCAGUUACCUGAUCACACUGUAUCUCCCUGUCCUGCUCCUUAUGCUCCUCACUUGAAAUGAAAGAAAUCAGAGAUGUCUUUAUGAUGUAGAAAUUUGUCAUAGUUUCCCAUCAGAUUCUUGGGAAGUUCAAGUGGGAGAUUAUAGUCAGGUACAGUGGGAAAGAUGGGUAUGGCUUUAUCAAAAAUGAGUUGAUGUGGAACCCCACCUCAGCUGGUUUGAUCCAUGCCUUAAGACGACCAGAGUGUGCACUGUGUUUUAGGUUCCAGGAAGACGUGAACUGGUUCCCACAAUGAACAUACUCUUGGUAGGCCUCCCUUAUUCCUUACUAUUGUUAAGAUGCUAACUAGUCCCCUGUCCCCGCCCCUUGCCUUAUAGCAGGUCUUCUGUGUGACUUUCCUGUGAAGUGUUCAUCUUUUCAUAAGGCAAGAAGAUGUUAUUUUUGCAGGCACCGAUUGCUUUGUAGGUAUUAGUGCCGGAUAUUUCCACGCUGCCUUUUGUAAAUGUAAAUGUAAACAUACACGACUGAUGUCAAUUUGAACUUGUACCUGUGAUUCCACAAUUUUCAGGCACCUCAUUUGCUA